AUGAAGUUUUCCGUUGGGCUCGCGUCCCUCAUCGCGAGCGUCGCCUAUGCUGCCCCUUCCAACUCUGCCCUACAGCGCCGAUCCGACGCCACAACAGAACAGCCGUCCAAGCUGCGACUGAUCCCCGUCCCUAAUGCGAACCGUCAGGCAUUCGGAGUGGGCCGUAAUAUUGCUCCGACUAAAAACCUGAACCUGGCCUGGAAAACCCCCGAUGAGGCCAGCCUCGUCUCUGUGGACCUGCUCAUGCAACACCCUGCGGUGAUUCUUGAGGACAUCAAUGAUGUUACAGCCGUUGACUGCAUGGGCCAGUCGCGGGUGGCUGUCACCUUCAGUGAUAAGGAGGCCUUCGACGAGGCCCUUGAGGAUUGGACCGGACUCGAUGACAGCUUUGUCAUGAUCACAAACCACCAGGGAGAUUGUGACUCCGAGCUAGAACGAUCCUUCUUCGUGGCGGACACGGACACACUAGCAUCGUUUGAGUCGAACCUUACCAUUAUUGCGAAGGCAGAGAAGAGUGAUGUCUACAGCACUGCCGAUUCGACCGAGAUCAACUUCAACAGCGUGGCUACAGCCACCAGCCCGGUUGACAAGCGUGGAAUCUCGCUGAACAAGGAAGGCCUGACGAUCGCAUACGACUGGGCGCUCCCGGAAGACCAGACGAUCGUGAACACCACGAACGUAAAGAUCCAGCUCAACCAGGCCGAGGUCAACAACUCGGUGACAUAUGCGGGCCACCUGAAGUGGGAGCUCUUCAAGGGGGUGACCGAGUUUACCAUCGACAUCGACAAGUCAAUGUACCACCAUGCCAACGUGACGAUCGAGAUAGACGGCGUGUACGACCAAUCGUGGUCCUGGUCGCCGGUAGGUCUGUCGUACUCGAUGAUCGAGAUCCCGGGGAUCCUGAACCUGGGCCCCUCGGCGAGCGUGAGCAUUGGGGGCGAGGUGGCCGCGACGGUGGGCGGUGCGGUGACGGUGGAAUUCACGUCCCAGAUGCCCAACGGCAGCAUCCACCUGGACAUGGUACACUGGGGCCAGAGCACAUCGUACGGCUGGACCAAGGAGAAGCACGUGACGUACAACACGACCGAGACCGCCCAGCUCACGCUUCGGCCCUUCAUCGACUUCACAGUCGAGUUCGCCUGCGAUUUGUUUGAUGGCCUGCUCGACCUCAGCACGGGCGUUACCGCCGAGCCCUCCUUCCCCUUCAUCACCACCGCGACCGCCACGCAGUACCACAAUGCCACCGGCGGGGUGACCUAUCCCAACUCGACUGAGACCUGCGACAAUGGCCUCAGCGAGGAGAUCGACUUCGUCUUCACCAUCACCGCUUUCGCCACGCAGUUCCUCAGCGUCAGUCUUUACGAAUACAAGGCCGAGCUGUACAAGAGCUGCCUCCUCGGCUGGUUCGACUUCUAG